AUGCUUCCACCGCUUGACACGCGCAAAUUGAGGGCCCUCUUACGCGACGAAGACGAUGACGAGGAGCUCGAAUGCGAUCCUCGUGGUCACAUAAGCAUCAUCAAGGAGUUAAUCACAGAGGACCGGAACUGGUCAGACGGCGUGCUGAGAUUGCUGGGAUUAUGGCCAAGAAUCGAUCCACGAUUCUAUCGCAAGAAGCCUAUGAGCACAUGCCAUCCUUUGUACGACAAGGGGGGACCCAAUAAUUGGUGGAUCGACUUCCACGACUCGUUUCUCGGUAGCCUUCGCCUCAGACCGAGUCGCGGCGGUGUCAUUGACAUCUUUGCUUUCGGAAAACGCGUUCAGUCGUUUCAAAUUAUCGGAUGUCGUCGAAAUUGGCCAGCAAUGAUCUUGUGGAUCUGGGAUUACGGCAACAGAAUUGAAGCUGCAAAGUCGAAGCAGAAAGUAUCGCAUUCUCAUACCAGAGUACAUGGCCAACGUCAGCGUGUCAACAAGCCUCUGCUUCAUAAAGUACUACACACAGCAACGUUCAAGGCGCAACAUGGAAGAGUAGGAAAAGCGAGGGAGGCGGCCGUCGUUCCAGAGGGUACAGAUUUCGAAAUGGACGACGUUGAUUCCACGAAGCCGCUAUGCAACACCGCCCCAGAUGCGGCAAGUUCCAGUGGACAUAUGGGAUGGGCAUUACAAACAAGGGGCAUGAGUGAUGAUCAGAGGACACCUAGUGUUACAACUGAGAAUAUUGAUAUCGGGGCCUUGCAAGUUGUCGAUUAUAAUUCGCGAGAGGACUUGAGCCUUGAAAAAGGAGGAUCCCGACAUUUACGGAGCCCAGAUCCUUACGAUCUUCCGUUUAGCGCUACGCAUGACACCUUCGCCUGUCUGUGA